AAUCAUUAAAACGUUUUAGAACUGGAAACUAACAAAAAGAGAAAAACUUUAAAAACACUAGAAACUUUUAAAGUUAUUUAUAAAUUUAAAUAGCUGAACAAAUAGUUAAAUCAAUAGAAGACAUUUUAAUAGAGAACAAAUAUAAAAAAGAAAAUUAAAUUUCAAUUAUAAAAGACAUAAAUAAACAAAUAGAAGAAACCUACAAACAAUUUAAAUAGAAAUCCAAUGCCUAAAAAAAUGAAUUACAAUAUAAAUGAAUGUAAACCUACAAACACACCAACUAAAUAGAUAUAAAGUAAGUGCAAAUCUAGAAUGAACAAAAUGGCGUCCAAUAGUGUCUAAAAUACAAAUAAAAACCAUAGACGAAAAAAAACAAUAAAUAAUAAAUAAGAAAAAGUGCAAAUAAAAAAUAAACAAUGUCCAUGGCAUUAUGCAAUUUAAAUGGCGACGGCAGCGCGGCGCAGUCGGCGUCCCAGUCGCAGUCGCCGGCGGCCGCGGCAGCGCCGUCGCUCGCCCACUCGCACUCGCACACGCUGCAGCAGGAGAGCACGCCGCUGCUUUUGGGCCACGACCAGGGCAGCGCUGCGGCCGAGGGCAGCGGCAGCGGAGGCGGCGGCGCUGACGUCAUCGACGGAACGGUAACUUCUAUAGAAAUCGCCGGCGAUCCUGCUGCCGUACCGUCGCUGCCUCUGCCGGCGUCGCUGCCAACGCAGCAGCCGACGCCGCCGCCGCUGCUAAUGGCGCUGCCCGCCAACCUAAACUUCGUAACGGGACCCACGACACAGCAACUAAUGAUUGGCAAUGGCGCCGUCGGCGUUAUUCCCUCGACCAAUGACAACAAUAACAACAACAACAAUGUGGACAAUACUAGCGACGAAUCGAACCCGGUCACCAUUUACAGGUGCCGGGCUCCCAUUGCGUCACUCGACUGUAUGGAGGAGUUCAGUGGCCGUUCGAUCAGCCUGGGCUCCAAUCCGGCGCUCCCCCUGCGCCAUGGCUCCACGCCGACGCCGGGGCUGCGGUACAAGAAUCUCGGCAAGAGCGGCCUCCGGAUCUCCAACGUGGGCCUCGGCACCUGGCCGGUCUUCUCGCCCGGCGUCAGCGAUGACCAGGCGGAGGCCAUCCUCAAGCUGGCCAUCGAGAGCGGCAUCAACCUGUUCGACAUCUCGGAGGCGCACUCGGAGACGGAGAUCGGCAAGAUCCUGCAGCGGGCGGGCUGGAAGCGGACCGCCUACGUCAUCACCACAAAGGUCUACUGGAGCACCAAGUCCGAGGAACGGGGUCUUUCCCGAAAACACAUAAUCGAGUGCGUUAGAGCCAGUUUGCAGCGAUUGCAGCUGCAGUACAUAGAUAUCGUCAUCAUCCACAAGGCAGACCCCAUGUGUCCCAUGGAGGUGGUGCGCGCCAUGAGCUACGUGAUACAGCAGGGCUGGGCAAUGUACUGGGGCACCGCCAGGUGGAGCCAGGUGGAGAUCAUGGAGGCGUACACCAACUGCCGCCAGUUCAACUGCAUCACGCCGAUCGUCGAGCAGUCCGAGUACCAUAUGUUCUGUCGCGAAAAGUGCGAGCUCUACCUGCCGGAGAUGUACAACAAGAUCGGCGUGGGCCUCAUGGCCUGGGGCCCACUUUCGAUGGCACUGAGCGACACCCAGAACGGCGACAAGCUUUUCCUGCCCAAGGGAUCCUUCAAGACGAAGAGCUUCUCAUGGACCGAGGACGAGAUCAACCGCAAUGCCGCUCUGUCGCCGCAGGGCAGUUGGGGCAAGGAUCGCAUUGAGGAGGGGCGCCGCCACUGCGACCGCCUCCGCGACCUUGCCGCCCUCGCCGAGAAGCUGGGCUGCAGCCCCACCCAACUGUCGAUCGCCUGGUCGCUGAAACACGAGCCUGUCCAGUGUCUGCUGCUGGGCGCCACCUCGGCCGAGCAGCUCCACCAGAGUCUGCAGUCGUUGCAGUUGCUGCCGCGUCUCUCCUCGAGCGUCAUGCUGGAGCUGGAGAGGAUCCUGGAGAACAAGCCGGUGCGGCCGCCGAUGAUCUCGACGCUGGCGCUCCGGUGACAAUCAGCGUGCCCGCAGGGGCCGCUCAGCCUGAGCGGCGGCGGACCCUGCGGCGCCGAUUCGCCCAAGCACGAGGAUGAGGCCUUCAUCGAGGAGGUGGACGCUGCCAAGGAUGCUGCCAAGCAGGGCUUCUGCCUCAUCCAGUGACGAAAGGAGUCCUUAGAUAACGAUAAUAAAUUUUUGAAAGUGAUUAGCAGUAAAACUAGCCUAAGUAGCAAUACCAUGACGACAACAAUAAGCAAGCAGGAGCAGCAGCAGCAGCAGCAGCAACAUGUGCAACAGCAACAGCAACAACAGCAACCUUUGCUCACCAGCGAUUCGGUAGCUCUACCCAUCGCAGCUGACCUCCAGUUCGACACCCUGAAUAAUAACAACAAUAACAAUAACAACGGCAGUCCGGUGGAUCAGUCAGUGGCUCCCUCUAGCGAUGAGCCCCAGAAGCGUCGCUCCCUGCUCAACUUCAAGUCCCUGGACUUUCACAUAAAGUCCCUUUACAGCGGACUGAGGAGUCACUCGGGCUCAGGAUCGGGAACUACUCCUCCCAGCCUCCAGGCGAACAGCUCGAUUCCAGCGGUGGAUGCUCAGACACAGCGAAGGAUGCCUUAUUUGCGGGUGGAGAGUGUAGAUCCCGAGGAGCAGCGAGGACCGGUGAUCCAUUCGGGACACUCUCCCAGCUUUCUCUCACCCUACAGCGGAGGAGGAGGAGGCGGAGGAGCAGGAGGAGCUGUUAGCCUCCAGUUGCCCUCGGCUGAUGGAGGAACCAUUAGGAGAUCCUCCACUUCGGAUAUAGUUAAUUGCAAGAGGGGAGGGGGAUCAGGGGGUGCCGCCUCUGCCCAGGACAGCCGAAGGCCCAGCACAUCGGAUUUGCUCAGGAAGGCAAGGGAGCGAAAGGGCAGUGAGGCCCGAAUGGGCAGGAGUGUCUCCCACAGUGGGCUAACUAGAGGAGGACCCGGCGGCGGAGGCGGUGGCCUGGGGGGCAGAAGAACCAGCAUGGCCUUCUAGGAAGAAAGGGUGGAUAUUUAAGCAAGGCGAAGAAAGAAAAAAACUGUUGAUCAAAUCUGAAUCAGAAAUAGGCUGACUAAAUGGCGCUUAUGAAUUUUUAUCUAGUAAAAAGAAAAAAAAGAAAACCCAAAAAAAAAUAGAGCAGCUAUUAAGGAACGACUUUUUUGUGGAUCUAUUAUCAUUAUGAUUAUAAUAUGGUUACUAUAAUUGCGCCUCGAAAAGAACUAAAGUUAGUAGACAAAAAACUAAAAACAACAAGUAAUGAACAGAAACAGAAACGUAACAUUUCAUCUCUCUAUUAAACUCUGUAUCUCUCUCUCCCCCCAGCAAUUUAACAUAUAUAUAUACCCACUAUAUAUAUUUAAAGAACCCCCAAACUUUUAUGACAAUAUUAGAACCUAACUAUCGUGUACUAUCGUUAACUAUCGCCUGGCAAAAGCUCUAAAACUAACCUGCGUUCUGGCCCCAAAACAAAGAAAACAAAAAACGAAGCAAGAUCAAGAUCCAUUUAUAUCAUCUUACUGUGAGAGUUCAUAUCAAGCGAAAAACAAAGGAUGCCCUCGAAAUAUGGGUAUAGCAAUGAAGACGUCUUUUUGAUUAAUCGAUUAGUAGAUGACUUAACGAGUGUUAAACGAUUGUUAACGAUAAAGGCGAGCGAUUAGCGAUUAAAGAUUACGAUAAACGAUAACGCAAAGGAAAAUUCAAGUCGGAUAAUGAAAUUUUAGCUAAAUGAAAAGCAAAAAAAAAUAAAACAAAAUAUGAAGAAAAACUCAAGUGAAAAACAAGAAACAAUUCAAAUCAAAUCUUAUUAUAUAGACAUUACUAGCAUUAUGUAGUUAAAUGAUAACAAUUCAAGCGAAAUUUUUUUAAAUCAACAAACGAAAAACAAAGCAAAUGCCUUUCAUAACAGCAACAACAACAAGAAAACAACAAAAAAGUUUAUA